UGGGACCAGCUUUUCUGAGAGGACGAGUCGGGUGGGUGAGUGAGAAGGGUAGACCGACCGGGCAACGUGAGAGUACAAGCGAGCGACUUCUGGCUUCCGUCUCCGUCGCCGCCACCCCGAGCAGCACCCGCAAGGAUCGAUGCUUUUAGGGCUCAAAACUUGGCCUCUCAGGUCUCUACCCUCCUCGCUUCGAUUCCUUUCCUUCUCUACUCCCGCACCGCCGCUCCAAGACACGAGCCCCAUCUCCCCCUCCGAUCUCGAAUCCCUCGUCCUGCGUCAGUACCGUGCCGGCAAGUUCCACAACCUCCUCCCCUACGUCGUCGCCACCCCCUCCGUCCUCCUCGCCGCCACUGGCCGCCUUCUCUCCCGCGCCAACCCCUCCAUCCCUACGCCUUCCCUCGCCGCCCCGCCCUUCUCCGUCGAUGCCCUUGCCGAUGAACUCGGCUGUGGCGGCUUCGACCCCGCCGCCCACUGCGCCACCCUGCUCCCUUCUCGGAAGAAGGGAGAGGCCCUUACCCUUCCCGAUCUCAAGCUCAAGGUCGUCGUCGAGGCCGUCCGGAUGGCUCUUGAGGUCGUCUACGGGAAGAGGUUCGCCACGUUUGCCUACGGCGGCAGGGAGUCCAUGGGUCGCCACACCGCCGUCCGCUACCUCAAGACCACGGUCCAAAACCCUACGUGGUGGUUCCCCGUCGCCCUCCGCCGCGAGCCUUUCGGGACCCGCCACCUACGCCGCCUGGUUGCCAUCUUGGAGGAGAAAAUUGAGGACCCUGCUCUCGUUGCCCUAGUUGAGCGCCUAUUUGGCUCACAGACAAUAUCCAUCGAGUUUGGAGGAGUCCAACUGGGCCGCGGGUUCCCUCAGGAGAGCGACCUGAGUGCCAUUAUACUCAAUAUCUACCUUGACGCCCUGGAUCGGGAGAUUAAAGAUCUCCGGGCUGAAAUCCACAAGAAGAACCCGAGGCUUGGUGGCCUCGAAGAGAACGAGACUUCCGGGGUUUUUCACAAGCCAAUUAGGGUUUAUGCCGUGCGAUAUCUGGAUGAGAUAUUGUUGGCUACUUCUGGCUCAAAAUUGUUCACCAUGAAUGUUAAAGACAGGAUUUUGAAGGUCUUAGAGGACAAUUUGGAGCUCAAAGUUGAUAAAUUGAAGACUUCAAUCCACAGUGCUGUCUCUGAGAAGUUGAAUUUCCUUGGAAUGGAGCUUCAGGCCGUGCCUCCUUCAGUCCUGCACCCACCAAUGUCAGAGAAGGCCAUUCGAGCUAAGAAGAAGUAUCUAAAGAGGAAGGCAGCGAAGGCUCAGGAGUUGAAGAAUGCUCGUGAGACUAGACGGAAGAAGCUUGGUUUGAAGAUAUUGAACCAUUUGUUUAAGAAGCUCAAGCGUGGGCAUGAAUUUGAAUUUGAUUUCCGGAUAGAGAGUGAGGUUAGGGAGGUCUUUGCAAAUUGGGCACAUGAGGUGGUGGCAGGGUAUUUUAAGUCUAGAGAGGACUGUUGGCAUUGGCACCGGAUGCUCAGUACUGGUGAUUUUUUGUCUUUGAAGAGGAUUAGGGAUCAAUUACCACAUGAGCUGGUGGAUUCCUAUGACCAUUUUCAGGAGAAGCUUGAUAAGUAUUUGAUGCCUAUUGGGGCUACUAGAGAUGUGGAAGAAGAGGAAAGACUGGCAGAGGAAGAAGAAGAGAGGAAAUAUGCUAAGAGAACUGUAGAGGACUUGACAGAGCUGCGAAUGAGGGUGAAUGCCCCGAUGGAGCUCGUAAGGAAAGCUGUGAAAUUGGCUGGAUUUACGAAUUCGAUGGGAAGGCCCAGGCCUAUUAAGUUGCUCAUCUGUUUGGAUGAUGCUGAUAUAAUAAAAUGGUAUGCUGGUGUGGGGAGGAGAUGGUUGGAGUUCUUCUGUUGUUGUCGUAACUUUAAAAUGGUGAAGACGAUCGUCACCUAUCACUUGAGGUUCUCAUGUUUCUUGACAUUGGCAGAAAAGCAUGAGGCCACAAAGCGCCAGGCCAUUAGUCAUUAUACUAAAGAUCUGAAGGUUACAGAUGUAAAUGGAAUGGAAGCGGUGCACUUUCCAACUGAAAGGGAGGUGAAGAUGAUGGGGGAUCAGAAUCUCUCUGAUCCAAAGCCUGUGGAUGGUGCCUUAACUCUUAUAUUGGCUAGAUUAGCCACCAAUGAAUUUUCUUUCCCUUGCUUGGCUCAUUUUUGUGGUCAGGUUGAUACUGUUUUAUAUAGAAUACGUUUGCUCCAAAAUCGUUUAAAUGUGGAUCCCCUUAACAAGAGCAAGUGGGUUCCAGGGAUGGGAGCUAUACAUGAGAGCCUAAAUAAAAAAUGUCUUCCACUUUGUUCCAAACAUGCAAGUGAUUUAUUGUUGGGCAAGAUCUCUCUUCAAGACAUUGAUUGUACCUCCUUCGUGGAUAUGUAAUAAAUCUUCUAGGAAGUAUCUCACAGAAAUCACUUGAUGGUUGCCAGCCACUUAUUGUGUGACAUAUAUACUCAUCGUGGCUAAAUGUCGUGGAGUGAAUAGAGUAGUCACAUUCCAGAAUCAUACAAAUUUUACCCUGUUACCCACCAUUGAAUUCCCACAAUUUCUCUUCAAGGGAAGCUAUGUCAAAGAUUGUGGAUCUCCAAUGUUUUCUACAGUUGAGAGAUUCGAAAUGACAAGUGAUGGAUAGGCAUAAAAUAUGCUGUGUGGUGUGUCCAAACUUUUGUUGUAUAGCUUUUUUCUGAUCAAUUUCUUAGACUUCUUUGCUAUGGAGUUUUCUUUGCAAGGACAAUUAUAAUAUGCUUAAUAGUUUCUAUUUCUAAUGCUUGUUUGUGCUGCUGACAUAAGCUAUUUUGUUAACUGCAGGAUGUGGAUGUCCAUCUGAUGUGCUCUGAUGUUGCAACUUAUGCUACUUCAACGGUAGCUCCGGGGAAGACAAGGGAUGAUGGAUGUGGUUAAGAGACAGACGUUUUACAUGCUGCAGUUGGCUAAAUCCUUGUUAUAUCUCAGGUGAAAUGGCGGACCCUUGAAAGUUGUGAUUUUACCAAAUCAAAUUCCGCAUGUUGCGCUAGCAAGAGCAUAAGGUGGACGGAUUUCUUCUUCUCUAAGAGUUCAUAGAGGACAUCCAUUGCAGGGUCAGUAUGUGCUGUGGAUGUCUGAAUGCCACAGGCACUCAUGUUGUUCACCACCCAAUGGCUUUGUCGAAUAUGAUGGUUUCGAUUCCUGCUGUUGUGCUAUCUCUAUUUUAUUUGUAUCAGUUACAAUUUCAUAGGAAGAACAGAUGAAAUUGAUUGGGAGCACGAUGUUUUUAGAUAUUGGUGCUUAAUAUGAUAUAUGUAUGUAUUGUCUUUGUUGAGAUAACGGAUUAGUUAAUGAAUUAUUGGUCUCAGAUUCGAAUUCA